AUGCGAGAGACGCCACCUUUGCAACCCCUCCAGUUCGUGGUGGCCGGGAAGUCAAUACAGCAUCCUCAGAAGGCUGCUUUGAAAAGUACUAACGCCGACGCAUUUGCUGCAGAUCAAAAUGUGAUUGGCAUAGCGGAUGGAGUCAGUACGGUGGAAGACGAAGGGCUGGAUCCUUCCGAGUUACCCGCAGAGUUGUUGGGUUUGUGUCUGAAGGAGUGCCGUGCGCGUUCUCUGAACUCAGUGGUGUUUGAUGCAGAGGCAGAAGAGAGUUUGCAUGCCUGCGACGUGGACGUGGACACCCCGAAGCUUCCGCUCUAUAUUCUGACGAAGGCGUCUGUUCAGUGCAAGAGUUUCGGCUCCACUACCUGUGUGUUGGCGCUGCUCGACGAUUGCAGGCUGUGGUCUGUGAGCAUUGGGGACUCACAGUUGCUGGUGCUCCGGCGCACUGACACGCCGCCCAAGGCAUACCCCGCAGCUCAUGAGUUCUCGUACACAACCUGCCACGACAGCAGGGGCCGGGUCUCAAACCCCGAAGAGUACGGGGGUUACCAGGUAGUGUACAGAACGGUGUCGCAGCAGCACUUCUUUAACUGUCCGUUUCAGUUCGCUCGCAUGCCCGACACAGAUUGCUCGGGGGAGGCCAUCCUCAGGAGGACAGCACAGACAGCAGACGUAGGGUCGGUUGUAGUGCACCCCGGAGAUAUUGUCGUCCUCGGAACAGACGGCCUGUUUGAUAACCUCUUCGACGAUGAUGUUCUGGAGCUCGUCAACAAACUCUGCUGGGCAGACUCCCGAAACGGAAAGCCCCCCAAGUGCAGCCCGUCUGUCCUGGUCGACGCUCUGUUAGAGAGAGCGGUAAAUGCUGGGCAACAACCACCAGGAGUCUCCUGGCCGGUAGUCACACCCUUCUCAAAGGCUGCAUUCGACGAGGUGGGUCGUCGCCUUGUGGGAGGGAAACCAGAUGACAUAACUGCAGUUGUCGCAUAUAUAGUUCCGUCAGGCGAGACGCCAAAUACGGAGAUGCAACAGCCUUUGAGGAGGGGAGGGACCGCGCCGUUGAACACACAAAGUGGAAAACUUAGGGGCCAAAAGAGUCCGGCGGCAGUAGGACGCACCUGCUUGCGUAGCAACAACAGCUGUGGCGGUAACACGGAAGGCAGCGAAAAAUUUAGAGGACAGCCGAGGAGCGGGGGACUUCAGCAGGCCGUGCUCCAGCGGGGUUCUCGCGUUGCUUCAGCGACUGCAGCUGGAGCAACGCCAGGGGUGCUCUGUACUCUGGAGGCAGCUGCAGAGUAG